CCUUCCCGAAGCAUUUCUCAAUCCCGAACCCAAAUCCGUAACUCCUCUCUCCCCCAUCCCCCAUUACUCGAAGCUCCAAUUUUGUUCGUGUUCUUCGCUUCGUUUUCAUCUGUAAAUUGAAAUCCCCAAUUCCUCGAAUUUCCCCCUCCCAUGGAGACCCUCUCCGCCUUCCCCUCCCCUCCAUGGCCCAACCCAAACCCAAGCCCUAAUCCCAACCCCCCGCUUCCGGAGAACUCCGACCGCUUCGAUUCCGAUUCCGUUUCAUCGGCCGAGCCCCCGGAGCCCAAGGUUCAGACCGUUCUGCCGGCGCCGGGCGACUCGCUCGCGUCGCUGCCCUCGCUGCUCCAUCUCUCCUUCAAUCAAGAUCAUGGCUGCUUUGCUGCGGGCACUGACCGGGGCUUUCGGAUCUACAACUGCGAUCCGUUCCGCGAGAUUUUCAGGAGGGAUUUCGAUCGCGGGGGCGGCGUUGGCGUCGUGGAGAUGCUUUUCCGGUGCAAUAUCUUGGCCCUUGUUGGCGGUGGGCCUGACCCUCAAUACCCGCCUAAUAAGGUCAUGAUUUGGGACGACCAUCAGAGCCGAUGCAUUGGGGAGCUGUCGUUUCGCUCUGUUGUUCGUGGUGUGCGGCUGCAGAGGGACCGGAUUAUUGUGAUUUUGGAGCAGAAGGUUUUCGUUUACAAUUUUGCGGACUUGAAGCUGCUGCAUCAGAUCGAAACUAUUGCGAACCCUAAGGGGCUUUGUGCGGUUUCCCAGUUGAGUACGUCGCUUGUGCUCGUUUGCCCCGGACUGCAGAAGGGGCAGGUUAGGGUUGAGCAUUACGCCUCUCGACGGACCAAGUUCAUAAUGGCCCACGACUCGAGGAUUGCUUGCUUUGCGCUUACGACCAAUGGGCAGUUGCUUGCCACGGCGAGCAGCAAGGGAACUCUGGUUCGGAUAUUCAACACAUUUGAUGGAAAUCUGCUUCAAGAGGUAAGGAGAGGCGCAGAUAGAGCGGAGAUCUACAGUUUGGCCUUUUCAUCGACUGCCCAAUGGCUGGCAGUCUCCAGUGACAAGGGAACCGUCCAUGUAUUCAGCCUUAAAGUCAAUUCUGGAUCUCUUGGAAAUGAUAUGUCUCAGAAUGAUUCUUCUCUUUCUGUUGCACCAACUGGCUCCUCAUUUUCCUUCAUCAAAGGUGUGUUGCCAAAGUAUUUCAAGUCAGAGUGGUCUGUUGCUCAGUUUCGUUUGCAUGAAGGCUCCCAGUAUGUUGUUGCUUUUGGUCACCAGAAGAAUACAGUGGUAAUCCUUGGAAUGGAUGGAAGCUUCUAUAGAUGCCAAUUUGAUCCAGCGACAGGAGGAGAGAUGACACAGCUCGAAUAUCACAACUUUCUAAUGCCUGAGGAAGCCUUCUAGCCGAAUAUUCUCACUAAUUUCGGUUAUGUCACGUGUAUGUUCUUUUCCUGUGUGCUUAAAGCAUGUUGUAAAUAGAUCUAUGUAUGUGUACAGAUUGGCCUAUGUUCGUCGAAAAACAAGAAAAAGAAAAAAAAAAAAAAGGAAAAGAAUGCUACUAUCGGUACUCAUGUUUGUAUAUAAUUGCUCUUUCUGUAUUUGCCUUGUAAACACUACAGGGGCUAUACUUCUAAAAGGUGAAGGAGAAGAAAGAUGACUCGUAGAAACCACUUGAGAUAAAUUCAUUGUGAAUAUAACAGCAUUUGAAUGAGUGUAAUAUCAGCUUCCUGAACUUUCCUUAUGAAAUUGAGUUGGCGUUGACUGCA